AUGUCGCUCAGCAGAAGUAUUGAAUGGGAACACUUUGAGGAACGGGACAAAACGCACCGUUCAUCACGGGCUAACGGCUCGGGAUCCCAGUCCGGCUCCAGAGGCAACGGUCUCGUGCCCAGCCCGGCGCACAGCGCGCACUGUAGCUUUUACCGAACGCGCACGCUCCAGUCGCUCACCUCGGAGAAGAAAGCCAAAAAAGUGCGGUUCUACCGAAAUGGUGACAAAUACUUCAAGGGUUUGGUGUAUGCCGUGUCCAACGAUCGUUUUAGGUCCUUAGACGCCCUGCUUAUGGAGCUUACCCGGUCUCUCUCGGACAACGUCAACCUGCCACAAGGUGUCCGGAGCAUCUACACCGUGGACGGCAGCAAGAAGAUCAGCAGCCUGGACGAGUUAGUGGAGGGUAAGGACACACAGUCACCCCCGGCCCCCUCCCCACACACACAGCCCAGUCCUACAAAUGACAUAAUAAAUCAUGUAGAGAUCAAUACUCGCGCAUAUUGAUGAAUGAGCUGAUUGAUCCAAAGUACUCAUUAUUAGAUUUGACCAGACAGACUCGUAUCUCUCAGGUUUCAGCAAACCAUCACCUAAACCAUUUGGCGUCCUGCUUGUCAUCAGAGUUCCCCCAGCUGUUUGACAUUGACUCCUUGUUCAUAAAUAUGCAGGUGUAUUCGGCUAUCAGCUUUCCCCUUGGGAAGAAUACUAGCUAAUACUGCAUUAUAGGCUUAUUAUACUACAUUAUAGCCUCAUUAUACUACAUUAUAGCCUAUUAUACUACAUGAUAUGAUAUAAUGUAGUAUAAUAAGGCAAUAAUGUAGUAUAAUAAGGUUAUAAUGUAGUAUAAUGAGGCUAUAAUGUAGUAUAAUGAGGUUAUAAAGUGGUAUAAUGAGGCUAUUAUGUUGUAUAAGAAAGCAAUUAUUAAUAGCCUCAUACUACAUUAUAGCCUCAUUAUACUACAUUAUAGCCUCAUUAUACUACAUUAUAGCAUUAUUAAACUACAUUAUAGCCUCAUUAUACUACAUUAUAAUCUCAUUAUAUUACAUUAUAGCCUCAUUAUACUACAUUUAUGUUCAUUGGUUAGAGAGGCGAGCCAGCAACCAGAGGGUUGCCAGUUCAAAUCCCGGGUCCAACAGGAAAAAUCUGUUGUGAAGUGAGCUGGCAACCGGAGGAUUGCUGGUAUCAAAUCCUAGAUGCAACUGCCUGCCAUGGUGCCCUUGAGCAAGGCACUUAACCCACUUAACACUUAACCCCCCCCCCCCCCCCGCACCUCUCCAAAACCUGUAUGUGUGUGUGAGUGUGAGAACCACAUAGAUGACAGACCCGCUAUAGCAGUACUAGGCAGCACAGUUUGCAUUAAUGUACAUCGAUCCUCCAUUGAUCUUAGAGCAGUGUGUGUGUUAGUGCGAGCUCUGGCCAGUGUUCUGUGCUUCAUUGGCUGUUAAAAUGGUCCUUAGAGUGAUUUUUCACCCUCUGGGCAUACAACAUGGAAGUGUCCCCCUCUACACCCACCUCAUCCCCCUGUCGAUGGGAGAAUGGAAAAUGUCAACAUUGAGGUAUAGAGGAAGCUGUUAUUACAACGGUACUAAUAGUACAAAUAAGAUAUGUACAACUACCUUCAAAGAACUGAACAACAUGGUCAGGUCAUACCGUUGUUAUAUAUCCACAUGAGUUAUUAGCUCAGUCAUUUCACAGGAAUGCUUAAUAAAGCAUCAUGUAUAUUGGCCUGGCUAGACCCCACACAUCUAAAGUCAAAUGAAUUCAGUACGUUUGAAGUGUGUGAGUAUUAUUCCAGAAAAUGAGUAUGCAAAGGUUGAGAAAUGUGAACAUUACCUUCUUUCCUUUACAGUAGAUCUCUCUCCCUACUUGGUAGAUUUGCUAUGUAUAGACCUACACCGCAAUGGGGGCUGGUGGGAGGAGCUAUAGGAGGACAGGCUCAUUGUAAUGGCUGGACUGGACUCAAUGGAACGAUAUCAAACGUAUGAAAACCACAUGUUUGACUCCGUUCCAUUAAUUCCAUUCCAGCCAUUACAAUGAGCCUGUCCUCCUAUAGCUCCUCCCACCAGCCUCCACUGCUACACAGUGGUUCUGUCUGUGUGUGAGCAACUCUCUUCUCUGUGUCGCAGGCUGCAGCAGUGACAGUGGCCGGUGGUGUCUGGGUAAUACAAUAAUCUUUGUGUUGAGUCCUGCAGUCUGCUGUCUGAUCUGUGACCUCUCUACAAUCCUCUCUUAGCAUGAAAGGUUACGGUUGUUGCACCAGCCCAUGGUAGCGCUGUCAUAUUCAAAUCAAUCCACAGCUAGGAGAGAUGAGUGUGGGACUUUCCUUUUCCUUUGUAUAGCUUAUCUCCUGACUCCCGUUAGUUUUACUCCAGUGCUGUCCUUUUCACCUGCCCCUCUCUCCUCUCUCAUCCCCCUGUUUAUUCUCAGCUGACAUCUUUCCUUCCUCCUUCCAAAUAUAAGCCUCUGCACUCGUUCCACUUGUUCCUCCCCCCAUGUCCCCAGAGAGGAUGGGGUGGUAGAUUUAGGUCAGCGCCCAAUCCCGUGGCUGAGAGACACAUUGCAUCACUUCUGGUUGGACUGUCAGGAAGGACAAUGGGUGCGUGCUGUGGUACAGUGAGUGGUGUAGAAGAUGGUGCCAGUCCUAUUACUUCAGCCUCACCUCUGGAUGUAAUGCCUGUUUUCUGCCAAGUAAACUUUCAGAGUGGAAUCUGGAAUCCUCCAGGCAGGCAUCACACUUUCUCUGCUCUGAUUUGGCAGGAAAGUGGGCCAACUCACUUUCUCUGGCUGUGAAAACUUGUUGUUGUUCUCAUCUUAAGGUUAUUUGGGUUUAUACUGCAGUAGGUACAGUGGCCUGUGAGUUCAUACUGUAGGUACAGUGGCUAAUGAAGAGUUCUGUAUAGUUUUUACCUUUUCAAUUACUCUACCAAAGGCUUAUAAUAGGAGUAGAGUUUGAGCUCUUAAGCCAAUCCUAUUGGACAUUUGAUAUGGUGCCAAGUUUAUUUUGGAACCUCUCUAUCCAUUCCAUUCUUUCUACUGUACAAUGACUGGACUCCAAACUCCUUCCAUAAACAGUACACAGAUUGGGUUCCACUCAAGAAGUCCCCUCUUUACUGUAGAGACUCCAUUGGUCGGGAUAAUGGUGUGAAGGAGUCCUAAUUAUCGUAGCCCUGAACUCUGCCUCCUCAGUAACUUGUUUUGUCAGUGGGCUGCGGCUGUCCUCUCAGUGGCUGUCCCCUCAGUGGCUGUCCCCUCGGUGGCUGUCCCCUCGGUGGCUGUCCCCUCGGUGGCUGUCCCCUCGGUGGCUGUCCCCUCGGUGGCUGUCCUCUCAGUGGCUGUCCCCUCGGUGGCUGUCCCCUCGGUGGCUGUCCCCUCGGUGGCUGUCCUCUCAGUGGCUGUCCUCUCAGUGGCUGUCCUCUCAGUGGCUGUCCCCUCGGUGGCUGUCCUCUCGGUGGCUGUCCCCUCGGUGGCUGUCCUCUCAGUGGCUGUCCUCUCAGUGGCUGUCCCCUCGGUGGCUGUCCCCUCAGUGGCUGUCCCCUCAGUGGCUGUCCCCUCGGUGGCUGUCCCCUCGGUGGCUUUCCCCUCGGUGGCUGUCCCCUCGGUGGCUGUCCUCUCAGUGGCUGUCCCCUCGGUGGCUGUCCCCUCGUCCCCCUGCUGUGAUGUGGAGAAAUAGGGCACGGCUGUUGUCCAGGGGUCAGGUCUCAUGGACGUGGUGCUAUGCUAUCACAGAGACAGUCCAAACACAGGAGGAAUGCAGUCAAUCCGUCAGAGGAGCGUCUUGGCCUGGCUGUGAACGAGGCCCUUUGGCUGGAGAUGCUGGAGGCCAAACACCAGAAUCUUGUCUUUGUGUACUCAGCCAUCAAAUGGAUUAGGGGUGUGUGUGUGUGUGUGUGUGUGUGUGCGCGCGCUCCCAGACCCAUUGAUUGAGGACUGCUGGCCCAGCCUAGCCUGUUGUGUGAACCCCAUCAAGCCCCAUUCAUUAAUUCAUUAAUUCAUUCACAUGUGAUCCCUGGGCGAUGGCUGGAUGGAUGGGAUUACACUGUGACAUCCACCACACUGUCUCUGCUGUAGUGUGCUUAUGGAAAUGACAGUGAGGCAUUGGAUUGGAUCCAAACCAAGCCAAACCACGAUAGUGGUCUUAUGCUACACCUAUUGUGUGCCAUUUGAGGAGGACUUUCAAUGCAUUAUGAUGCACCUGUCGUUUGAUACGAUCCAAUGUAUGUAAUAAGCUGAUUGAUUCAACAUCAGUCUUCACUCAGGGGAAAACAUUGCUUGUUUAGAUGUCACCAUAGUGUUAAGGACUACAUCAGACAAACACAUUCUCAAUCCAUGACCUCUCACUUACCCCACUGAGUGAUGACAUCUGUGUGUAUUUGCUCAGUGACGGAUCAGCACACACACUGAUGGAUCCGCCCCCUCUCCUCCAUAGCGACCAGCUGAUGUUUGGUUAGGGAGCUGUUUAAGGGGCUGUGGUCUCAGCUGUGCUCCACGUGAGGCCCCCGCUGUAGGGCCACUGAAGGGUAUCACCCAUCCAGGAUCCCCUAACCUCUCUGGUGAUGCCGCACUUUACACCCCCCUCUCGUCCCCUGGGGUAUUCCUGUCACCGACGGUCCAUGAUACUGUGUGUGUGUGUGUGUGUGUGUGUGUGUGUGUGCUGAGACCCCUCAUCUCAUCCCCUCGUCACUGUCACCCCUGAGCCCCCUUCAGAAGGCCACUUCUGUUUCUCCAGGCUUUCUGAUCUGAAUUGAUGAUGGCUCCUCGUCUGAUCUGGUGUUACCGUUUUCAUCUGUUCGGGUCCCCCAGCUGUGGCCUAGCGUCGUUAAUUAGCCUUUGGUUAAUUGGUAGAUGAAUAAAUCCAGGCGUCUUGGGACUCGCCGUCUCAGAAGUCUCUCUCUUCCUUCAGUCCUCUUCCUCCUCCUUUCCGUCCCUUUUUCUUUGUCUUAAAGCAGAUGAGAGGAACCAUGAGGCAGUAGAUAAUACUGUGAUGUAGUUGAGAAGAUAACAGAUUGAUAUUUUGGUAUAAACCAAAAUCCUGGUUUAGGUUGAUCUCAGCACCAUGGACAGCACACAAUGUUACUACAGGAAGUAGUAGUAGUAGUAAGCUUAUGACAAAAGGAUCUUAAUAUUUUUCAGUCGUGGCUCUUGAAAAUAAUGCUGGGUAUUGUACUCAAGCUAUUCUGGUGGGUUAGCCAUCGUCUUCACACCACUCUCGCAAAUGAUUCCGUUCACCUUUCCCUGAGGGAUGACACCUUUCUUUAAGCACUGUCUCCACUGUCAUUAGGUGACUCAUUCACUGUUGUCUUCCUGUUUCUGUUCCUGGAUGACUGACUGCUGAGAACAGGAUGUUUUGGUUACUCACAUAACAAGAGCAGGGUUGACUGGAACAAAACUCAAACCUUAACCUUUGCUUCCAUAAGCUUUCCUUACGGUUCUAGAUGGAUAGAUUCUGUUGAGUCAUUGUUCGUUCCCCUUCAGAUCCUUCAGAUUCCCCUCUCCCUCUCUUACACACAAUAACAAUGUUUUCUCGCCUUUCUUAGUUCAUUCAGCAUUAUUUAGCAUCACCCUUCUUUGAACAUCUCUCUCUUUCUAUCUCUUACAUAUAAUAACAAUGUUUUCUCACCUUUCCCAGUUCAGUCAUGUUGUCAUCGAUCGGUGCCUUGAGCUUAAACUGGUAAAAGGCCAGAUACGCAAGUAUAGCGCUAUGCAAGGACAACAAAGGCAGCAAUAUGGGUUCACUUAGUUGCAUGCAUAGCAUAUUCCAUGCUACUACAGUAUGCCAUUCUGUGGUUUCACUAGUCUUGUGACAAACCGUAAAAUCCAUGAUGAAAAGAUUAGAGGUUAGCAAUGUCUCCCUCUCCUAGUUUGACUCAGUGGCCCAGAAUGUAAAAAAUAAAUUCCUACAUAUGUUGUCCUCCAACAAACAGCCUCCAAACACCAUCACCCACCCUCCUCUUACCCUUAUUGUGGUUCCAUUUACCAGCAAAGCCUUUUGAGUCGUCAAAUGAAUCUGGUCUUGAGGGGAAACGCUCACACACACACACACACACGCUAACUGCUACAAUGGAAUGCCCGGCGAGGAAAAGGAAAAUACUUAGCUUUGGAGAGUGUCCAACGCGGCAGGCCGAGAGAGCUCGCAGAGAAACAGAGAAGGCUGGGUUACACUGACUGGCUGGCCUCAGUCUCAAUGUGGCUUUUGUUUCCACUGGGGAACCUUAACUCUUUGUCAUCCACAGUCGAGCCGACUGGAGUUACUCUCCGAGACGUGGCUAAUUAUCACUCAUUUAGUCAACUGGAAUUAAUGGUUAUCCAUUGACGGUUGUAAGGUGGCAUUCAGAGCUGGAAAAUGCGAUGGAGUUUAUUUACUGUAGCUUCAAUAACUAAAUUGCUGGAUCUGAUGGUACCUUUUUAUGAAAUGUUGAUUCCACGAUUUUUAUGAAAGGUAUUUAAAAAAGAAGCCUAUAUUCUAAGUAGCUCUCCCCUCUUCCUCCCUUUAGGUGAGAGCUACGUUUGUGCCUCUAACGAGCCCUACCGCCGGGUGGACUACACCAAGAACGUUAACCCCAACUGGUCAGUGGGCAUCAAGGCAGGCCAGUCCCGCUCCCUGUCCUCCCUCAGCACCCUGGUAAAGGGCGAGCUGCAGCGUAGCGAGGCCAGCCUCGGCACCAGAGACUUCAUCAAGCCCAAGCUGGUCACAGUCAUCCGCAGCGGGGUCAAGCCCAGGAAGGCAGUGAGGAUCCUGCUGAAUAAGAAGACGGCCCACUCCUUCGAACAGGUGCUGACCGACAUCACAGACGCCAUCAAGCUGGACUCCGGGGCAGUCAAACGGCUCUACACACUGGAGGGAAAACAGGUAAGAUGAUAAUAACUCUGUAAAUGCAAUGACAUGGUUACUUACUAUAGCACAGGGUCUCAACUCCAAUCCUGAGGUAUAUGAUAUGGUUAUUUAGCCAUUUAUUUCUCAAAAAUGGUAUUACAGACAGUUGUGUUCAGCAUAUGUUUCCCAUUUAGGCAUCAAAACCUCAACCUUGCUGUUGCAAGCAUGAAUAAUGAUACUUUAGGGACUGUCUAUAUUAGAGUAUGUUGGGUUAAACCUAACGCUGCAAAGCUGCUCUGUGGAUGGGAAUGUAAAUGCAAAACAUGUGAGGUAUCAGUACCAGAUGCAGUGGCGACCCUUACCAGUUUUGAGCCCAACGUUUUUAGCUUGCCUGUUAUGCAUGUUAUUCUGGCAUUAAUACGUGUCACAUAUCAGUUUGCAAACCAUGAAAAAAAAAGAAGAAAAUCAUUGAGUUAAUAAAGCCGCAUAUAAACAUGGUCUCUUUUUUGCUUUAUUGAGGAAGGCAGCUCCAAAACGCAGGUGUUUCAGCCUAGCUAAGUGCUUUCUGUGGUGGCGGGGCAGCCGUGAUUGGCUCAGUGUUCUGUCACUCAUGGGGACACUAUGUCACCUCCAAGUCUAAGGGUAGAGCUUGAAAAUUCAAGCCCCUUGGGUGUUGCCAUAGAGUUACAUUAGAAGUGCCCAUCCAAGAAGGCUCAAGGGCAUUGGCCACAGAUAAAAUGACGUCAAAUCACGUUAUAUCUACAGUAGCUUUGAUUGGACUGAUCAUGUCAACAUCAUACUGUCAAAAUCUUAGCUAGCAGUCAUCAUCAUGAAUCAAGUCGACAAUCUACUGGCAAAUCCUUUUUAAUCCUUGUCAUAUGAAGAUAAAUAAUGAAGAGAAAUUAUAGAUAAAACGUAUCGGUGCUCAUCGGCCAUUGGACAUAAACAUUACACAACAAGUUGGAAAUCGCAAAUUCAACAAUGAGUGGUUUGGAAGGAAUCAGUGGCUAACUGCAAGCAUUGCAAUCACUAGCUAACUGCAAUCACUAGCCUGCUAUUCAGUGGAGUGGCUGUGUGGUCCCAAGUCUGGGAUUAAGGGUCUCUCUUCCAAGCUUAAAAUGAUAAACAUUCAACAUUGGCCAUGCUGUCAAUGAAGCAUGAUUUGUGCCGCGCUCAAAACAACUUUUAACUUGGAACUACGAAAUCUGACUUCAAUUAGUUCAAGACAACUGGGAACUCGGGAAAAACAAGCUCAGACUGGGAAAAUACGUUUUGAACGGUCAUCCAACUCGGAAUUGUAAAUCCGGAACUCGGCCUCUCUCUAGAGCUACGACCUGAAGAUCACUGACGUCAUCAUGAUUCAACCUUGUUUUUUCCGAGUUCCCAGUUGUCUUGAAAGCACCAUAAAUCCAGAGAAUGCCAGACUUUGAUGACAAAGUUUGAUGACAGAAUUUGCCCACGAAGGACCGCUGCGCCACCUUCCUGUUCAAGUGAGCACAGCACAACAAGGUGAGUCCAAAAAUGUAUUGUAUGCUGGUGCAUAAAUGAUGUAAUAUGCCAGGGAGAUACAGUGGCUUGCGAACCUGGAAUUAAAAUGGAUUUAUGGGGGGUUUGUAUCAUUUGAUUUACACAACAUGCCUACCAAUUUGAAGAUGCAAAAUAUAUUUUAAGAAAACUUGAGCAUGCAUAACUAUUCACCCCCCAAAGUCAAUACUUUGUAGAGCCACCUUUUGCAGCAAUUACAGUUGCAAGUCUCUUGGGGUAUGUCUCUAUAAGCUUGGCACAUCUAGCCACUGGGAUUUUUGCCCAUUCUUCAAGGCAAAACUGCUCCAGCUCCUUCAAGUUGGAUGGGUUCCGCUGGUGUACAGCAAUCUUGGAUUGAGGUCUGGGCUUUGACUAGGCCAUUCCAAGACAUUUAAAUGUUUCCCCUUAAACCACUCAAGUGUUGCUUUCGCAGUAUGCUUAGGGUUAUUGUCCUGCUGGAAGGUGAACCUCCGUCCCAGUCUCAAAUCUCUGGAAGACUGAAACAGGUUUCCCUCAAGAAUUUCCCUGUAUUUAGCGCCAUCCAUCAUUCCUUCAAUUCUGACCAGUUUCCCAGUCCCUGCCGAUGGAAAAACAUCCCCACAGCAUGAUGCUGCCACCACCAUGCUUCACUGUGGGGAUGGUGUUCUCAGGGUGAUGAGAGGUGUUGGGUUUGCGCCAGACAUAGCAUUUUCCUUGAUGGCCAAAAAGCUCAAUUUUAGUCUCAUCUGACCAGAGUACCUUCUUCCAUAUGUUUGGGGAGUCUCCCACAUGCCUUUUGGCGAACAGCUCUGUCCUGGCCACUCUUCCGUAAAGCCUAGCUCUGUGGAGUAGUAUCUCCAACCCCAUUCCUUCUAAACUCUCUGAAUAUAGACCUGGCAGAAAACACAGUUGACCCUUCUUUCCGGACAGAUUCCCGGAGCCGGCGAGAAUCUUCACGGACGGGCCAGAGAAGUGACUCAUGAAAAUAAUGAUCCCUAUCCUCUCAGACAGUCAGGCCUGCUGGCCAGCCCAACAUACUGAAGCCUCUACUCAGAGGAGGCUCUGUAACAGGAGGAGAGGCAGGGCCUGGAUGUUCCUCUCUCUCUCUCUGACAGAGCAGACAGUUAAUGUGUACAGUACAGUACACUUGCAGUAUCCGCCCCUAUUUGCUUUUGUUUGUGUCAAUGAACCAGUCUUGCAGCACAGACUGAAAUAAACGGCAGUAUUGGACCAGAAAUGGCUGACCAAGCUUGAUUUUCAGCCCAGAGAGAGCAUGUUUUAGGUACAUUAUCAGUGAUUCACCAUUUCAGUCCAAUUCUGGCCGCAUAUUAAUCAGCCAUCCACAGAUAGAACGACAGAGAGAUAGAACGAGAGAGUGAUGGAGUAAAAAGCGAUGACUGAAAAGAUCAGCCAUCGUCUCUGUUGAGUCGAUGGUCUCCCUUACUCCCUCUGGCACUCAACAUCGCUGCUCUUUCAAACAUUUCCAAGCAUAGGCUACAGCAUGAUGGAUAUUUGGGAAUGCCCCAUUAGAUAUCCACCCCGUUAUUAAUUCUGUCCCAUGUCUGUGACAGAAAGAGUACUGACUCUCUGUCUGUCUCUAUCCCCUCACGGUUCACUUAAACAGAUUGACUGUGCUGUGGGCUGGGACUUUAUCAUAAAUGAUGCUGCAAUACAGCUGCAAGUUGACUGAGGGGUUUUCUCCAUUUAUCCGUCAACAUUCAGUGUUGUCGGCACUAGACAGAGAGAGAGGAGGAAUCCUGUUUGGUGUAGAGAUGAAGCAGAGAGAGAAGGUGUGAGAGAAAGAGAGGGAGUGCCCUUCCUGCUCUGUCCUUGGGGACUGCUUAAGGCAGGCGACUCACCAGGGCUGUUUGGAAUGCAAUGCGGCGGGAGGGUUGACUGUGACGCGCACUGAUGAUGUCACAGGGGAUUUGCCUGUAGAAGCUGGUGGUAAAUCCAAACGAGAGCUGUAGGGCUGUCUGGAACGCAGACUGACUGUCCCUGGAAUUUCAUAGGGAAACCUCCUCUUUCCAAACCCCCUGUUUAAAAAAAAUGAGCUGCCAGGCAUAUGAGCUGCCAGGCAUAUGCAAAUGACAAGAUUAUGGUAAUGCAUGAAUGAAAAGGCUUGGCUCCAACAAUACCGUUGUUCUUGCUCACAGAGAAUGUUAAGUGUUUUUGUCUGUAGCUUUCAGUUAGGUUACAGUCAGUUCUAUAGCAUUUUGUUAUUAUGCUGCUUUCAAUUUGUUAUGGCAGCGCUCCAUUUGAAACUAUGGGUUACUGCAUAUACUUAUAGACUGGUUAGCUGACAACAUCACAAAUGAUGCACAUACUUCAAUGGGGCAGAAGUCCGUGUGUUGUCCAGAUAGCUAGCAACAAUAACAAGAACCUGCCAUGUGGGGAAUCAUAAGUGGCUAAUUUCAGCUAGUUUUAUCUUGUUCUUGAUACCAUGUCUUGUUUUGGCUGAUGUCACCUCUAGCUAACCAACAACUGUAACGAUGUAUUUCAGAGACAAGUGCUCAUUGUGCACAUUUAUUUUUUCAAUAAACAUUGGAGACUAAAUAUAGUUUACAUGUCAACAGUCUAAGCCAACACCGUCUGUUUUGCCCCGGAGUUGCGCAAGCGUCGGUUUUGUUGCUAAACAACCAACCUGUCUGUAACCAUGACAACGAUAGAAGAGUUGGCUACUGCACAUACAGUAUGGGACCCAGGCUAGCUCAAAGGACAGUACACAACCCUAACAGCAGGCCAGGCCUGUGGAGCUCUGAGGGAUGGCUCAUGUGCUUGAACACCAUUUAAAAUACCUGGCAGCCAAUGACACUACAGCCAUAUCACCAACAUGUAUUGCAUAAUGAAUGGAGCUUACAGUAACUCCUACCAUCGUUGAGGGAUAGGAUGCAGACUCAUCAUUUAGAGUUUUAGCAGAUCCAUAUUUCAGACGUAAGAUGCUGUCAUUUCUUGUUGUUGUUCAUUAUAAAUAGAUAAGACCCAUAUUGUUGCACUCUCUCUGAGCUGUUUUGAUGAGUUUGAGAUGUUAACACACAGAGCAUGGGUUGUUAAUGAUAAGGUCAUUCUCCAUUAGUUACUCAGACCAUCUACUGUAUGUUCACCUCCUGAGACGGAUCGAUCUUGUCCUGCUUCCUGUCACAUGCUCCAGUAAUGAUCCACUCCAUCAGUUGAUUUAUAUCACCAUAUUAACAGCCCUUUCAGUCCUGAUAGAGGCCUGGUUGUGAAUCCUCUGUUGCAUGUUACAGCAUAUACCAGGACACCACAUCCUACACGACUCCAUCGAAUGGGAACUCCAAUAGAGCAGUUUUCUGUCAUUGAGGAGGAUCGAUGGGGACUGUUUAAAAGCAGAUUAUCCCUGGAGGUUAAUGGGGAUGCAUUCAUGGCCCUAUAGUUGAGUAACCGUGUCCUUUUGAGUCAUUGAGGCGGAUCCUAGGAAAGGCCUUCUAUGUGUGUAUCACAGGAGGUUGGUGGCACCUUAAUUGGGGAGGACGGGUUUCGUGGUAAUGGCUGGAGCGAAAUAGGUGGAAUGGUAUCAAACGCAUGGUUUCCAUGGUUUCCAUAUGUUUGAUGCCAUUCCAUUCGCUCCAUUCCAGCCAUUAUCAUUAGCCGUCCUCCCCUCAACAGCCUCCACUGGUGUGUAUCUAAUCGGAGCUGGGAGCAAAACAGGAUGUACACUCUCAUGAUGCUGUGUCAUUCAAAACAUGCAUUCAAAAUGGAGGUCAAUGUAAGGGCAUUAUGGCUGUAAAAAUUAUACAUUUAAUUUCUUGUUUAAAGGACAUUCCCCAGCAUGAUCCCAUACUUGUCCGUAUAACCUUAAGUUUACAAGGGGACAGAAAGAAAAGUCAUAUAAAUACUCAGACAUUGACAUUUGACAGCGAUUGCACAUGAUGUUAUUUGAAGUAUCAUAUUUGCAAUGCUCGGCUGAGAAUUUCCACCCAACAGUUGUUGUCUCUGACCAGGCUGAGACCAAGAGUUAAAUCAGUCCCUGCCACCUGCUCAUGUGACCACCAGGCACCAGCCCCUCUCUGGCAUGGGAUUAGGGUAUGGGAUAGGGGAGGAGAGCAUGGCAGAUGUCCUCAACUCCCAUUGGAGCAGACAGGAAACCGGCCAAUGGCCUUGUCUCUCUCAGACCAUACUGUGGCCUGCUGUCUACUGUAACUGUAGUCAUGUCAACUCCUCUACAUGUAAAACAAUAUCUCUGUACUGGUAUGUACUGUAUUCAACUUCUCUGGUAGUGUUCUGUAGUAGUAUUCUGUGGUAGUGUUCUGUGGGUUUUUUACUGGGAUGCAUGUAGUACACAUGGUGAGUGGGUUUUUAUCUACAGUGUUUUCGGACAAUAAUAGUAACUCUGAUUGGCUUCUAAAGGCUAUCAAAAUUAGAUUAGUCAAUUUAGAGAUUUAACUGCGGAAGCCUGAAACCUGACCCUUAGAGAACAGAGUUGGACUAUAAUGGAUCCACUUCAAUGACCGCCAUUCAGUCAAUGGAAUUUGAUUUGAACAUACUGUAUGUGUCCAAUUCGAUUUUUGAAUGAAAAUUAUUCAGGUAACUACAAAUAUUACUCUGGUUUUCUGGUCAUAUUUUUAAGUUCAUGCAAUUUUGUAAAGUCAUCAAAAACUCUUGUGUCUGAAUAAAUAAGCAAUGCUUAUACCUAGGAUUUCUGAUGUUAAAUCUUUAGCAGUUAAAUGGUUAACUACAUAAUCCACGGCCUGUUGCUUUUCCACUGCUCCUUGUCCAAUCUGCCUGCCUACCAAGUGAACUCUCUACAUUAGACUUGUCUGGAUAAUCUGACAGUUGACUCGCUCUCUCUCUUUCCCUCUCUCUGACAGAGCCUCUCUCCUCCAGCUAAGCUGCUUUUCACGCUCUGAGACGCUCCCCGUGCUCAUGUCUCUAGACGGGCGUGUCUCCUGUGAUUCCCUCUCCAGCAGGCUCUGGAGGGGGUUGUCUGUGUGUGUCUGUCUGUGUGUCUCCCAUGGCUGUAACAUGAUGUCACUCACUAUUACGUCUGAUUUGUCCUUUGAAGGGUGAGAUGGCCUUGAGAAGAGCCAUUUCAGUGUGUCCUUUUUAUCUCUGUAUUACAGUAAAGUGGAUGCUUUUGUUAUUAGAGAGAAGAAGGGAUUCUCUUUUCUCCUCAAGUGUUGGCUUAUCAUUUCGAAUGUUAGUUUUCCCCUCAUAUAAUUACAUUCAGUAUAUAAUCCAAAACAUUGGCUUCUAAGUCUUUAACGCUAUCACACUGUUUUGGCUGUGUAAGAACUUCAUAAAUCCUUCAAAUGAGAGCCUUUUACGGUUAGCAUAGCCGCUAGCGUAUUAGAACCCAAAGCCCCAGAGAGGGGUCUCAGAAAGCCCAUCAAAUGCCUCACCCUUGGGCUUAGCAGCCAGCGCUAACAAGCUACCAGCGCUAAGACAUGAAGGACGGCCCCACGACUACACCCUAGCCCGGCCUGCCAUCUGCUCCUCCUCCAAACAAUCAAAUCAUUGGUCCCAGGCAAUAUCUGUGUCUGUAGGGGUCUGCUAACCAACACCCCACCCCCCAGAUAUCCUCCCCUAGCUCCCCUACCAGGGCCCUGAUCAUCACCGGAUAAUUAGACAUAUCAUUUGAGGGAGUGUGUGUGUGCUCGCGUAUGUGUGUGUAGGGGGUUAAAGUGCAGCUGUCAGGUGUGUGUGUGUACUCUCCAUUUGUAAACACAAUGCGCUCUCAGUCCAGCUCUCUCUUGCUAAGCCACUAGUCUGGAUGAAUGUUAAUUGAUAUCCCUAUAUCAGGGCCAACUGAAUCAGCUGCUGCUUUGAGAGAGAAACUUCUCUCUGUUUUACAUCUCAAAGCCGUGUGGAGAAAGAAAGAAUAGGAGUUCUAUGGCAGGAAAUGGGAUUGAAGAAAGAGAACGUGCCAGCUGUCCUGUAAACAUUGUAGAGUGAAAUAUUUUGUUUAUUCACGCUUAAUUUCACUGACAUUUGGCUUCUGGAAGAACAUAGAUAGAUAGAUAGAUGCUGUAGGAGCUACAGUAUAGUGCAGUCCACUGCAGGUGCUGAUUUGAUCAUCGACGUCCCCCCUUGUGGGAUUGUAAGAUAGCAUGCAUGUGUACACACACACACACCUUCUGGACAGCCAAUGUAUUUGACCUGGCUGCUGUAGCCAUAGUAACUUCACAACCGUUUCACAGCGUAUGAGCAGCACAUGGUUCUAUUAUCCCUGCAGUCAGCUACCGUUGGUAAUAUCGCUGGCUAUAUUAUUUACAUUUACAUUUUAGUCAUUUAGCAGACGCUCUUAUCCAGAGCGACUUACAGUUAGUGAGUGCAUACAUUUUUUCAUACUGGCCCCCUGUGGGAAUUAUGGCCUCAGUGUAUCAUUAUCACAGUGAAUGGCUGCCAGUUGUACUAUUAUGAUGGACCAUUAUGAUGGACCUGACUACAUCAUCAGAAUUUUAUGAGCACAGAUGAGGAUCCGGCCAAGGCCAAGCGAUGA